CAUGUAUUGGGUUUCAAUCCUUGUUGCUAUGGAUUUGUCGUGGAGGAUGGAGCCUAUAACUUCUCUGUUUCAGAUCUUUAUGAUGUUAAUUUUAGAGACAAGGAAUUCCCAUUUAUUCUUGAUUGGACAAUCGGGAACCAAAGCUGCAAAGAAGCUGAAACGGAUCCAGAAAAUUAUGCUUGCAAGGAAAAUAGUCAUUGUAAAAAUUCAGAAAAUGGCCCGGGAUAUUUGUGCAAGUGUCUUGAUGGUUUCCAGGGUAACCCUUACCUCUCCCAUGGUUGCCAAGAUAUUAAUGAAUGUGACACACUGAAGCCUUGCAAUGGAACAUGUCACAAUGUACCUGGAAGUUAUAAUUGCUCAUGUCCU